CUUUCCUCCACUUUUUCUCGGAAGCCAGCGCGAGACCCACAAAAAGAUUUACUGCAACUGCCCGCCAAGGCGUCAAGAGAACGCUCCGUUGACAGCUCUCGGCAACCUGUUUGCAGUCAGCGCAUGCCAGAUCGUGCGGAGGCGCUCCAUGCGCUUCGAAGUGUGAACUCUGUUUCUACCUAAAAACCGACACACUACCCAGCUGCUGGACGGCUAGAUCAGUACACCCUACAACACCAACAUGCUCGCCUCAAUCCUCUCACGACGUCGUUUUCCGCGCCUUCGUCAGCCCAUAAGGCGCGUGCACGGCAGCCCAACGGUGGGCGCCACGCAUCUCCUAUCCAUCUUGCCACCAACAUACGCCCCCGACCCGGCGUCCGUAAACGCGCGACCAGAAUAUGACGUGGGGGAGUUCAGGCAGCCGACCAAGUUGGUGUGGAGAAACGCGCUGAACGAUCCGUGCAAACCGGCGUCGCUUGAUGCCUUCGGGACGACGGACUUUGAGCCGUCGGAGGAGCAGCAAGCCAUUUUGGACCAUGUGAGAGGAGGGACGAGCGACGUGGUGGUGUUGGACGCAAAGGCUGGGACCGGAAAGACCACCACACUUCUACGGACACUGCUCCAUAUGCCAAGUACUUGCCAGAACGUAGCGAUACUUGCUUACAACAAGGUUAAUGCUGACCUUAUUGCUGAGCGCGCCGCCGACAUAAAAAAGCGGCACGAACUACCGUUUUCGAUUACCGCUCGGACGUUCCACGGAGCCGGGCUCGAUGCAUGGACCGAAUACAUCCGCGGAGACGCCAGCUCCAUCCACGUCAACCCAGAAAAGUCAUGGCAAAUCUUUCAGGCGAUGCUGACGUGGGAUGCAAUCAUGCUCUAUGGGAACGAAGUCGCUCAGCUAGUGAGCAUGGCGAAGAUGCACUGCUUAGCUCCUGAACAUGCCUCGUUGAGCGGCAUAACGGUUCCAGACACCCCCGACGCAUGGAAAAAGUUAAUGACUUUAUACGACAUCAAGUGCAAGCCGGACGCCAAGGAGGAUAAACUUAUCGAUAUUGCUCAAAAGUGUCUCCGACGGUCUCUACAGCUGGCUGGAGGUUUGCAGGACGGCAACACGUUCUUCCGAAGGCGCCUAGCGACAACAACAUCUGCCUUGUUACAAGACCUGCGGGGCAUCGAAGACCUUCAAACCCAUAACGCGCAGCUCGCAUUCGAACUGCAUCACGGGGAUGGCAUGCCUAACAUGAACGAGUUUGCCAAGCGCCAGCUGGACAUGGCGAUCACUGCCUGCAGGCGGAGCAGGUUCGUGCUGGACUAUGACGACAUGCUUUACCUGCCGCUCGUGCAUGGGGCGCCGUUCCCAAAGUAUGACCACGUUCUAGUUGACGAGGCCCAGGAUAUGUCGCAUGCACGAGCGGCAGCUGUCCAAAAGAUGUGCGCACCGGGAGGCAGGCUGCUUCUUUUCGGAGACAACAGACAACGUAUCUACCAGUUUGCGGGCGCGACCCGGGACUGGUUUUCAGAAAUGCACGAUGAAGGAUUACGACAAGCCGGCAUUUCGGUUGAUGCACCAUACAAUUCAGCUAACUCGACAAAUCUCGGAUUCGGUCUUCCCCUCGCUGAGCAUCCCAGGCGGACUUAUACCCACGACGCGAACCUACCCGUCGCCGACGAUACCCAAACUUCCAACGCUUCCAAAAAACCAUGGGCGUCAGUCACCCUCCUCCCACUCUCCGUUACCCGCCGCUGUCCCCAGUUAGUGGUUAAGCUAGCCCAAACACUCGUUCCGGAAAUUCAAUCGGCGCCAAAUGCAAUCGAAGGCGAGAUCGUUUCGGAGCCAAAGUUCGAACUCGCUGAGUUUUUCCGUGGAGAAACAACCAUGGUGCUCGCGCGCAACAACCUGCCGAUCCUGAACUUUGCCUACUACCUGAUGGCCCAUGAUUUUCGCGUUCAGGUCCCCGGCCGUCACAUUGGAGAGGAUGUGAUGCACCUGCUCGAGUUUGCAUGUACAACAUUGGAAGUCAAGGACACCGACUGGACGGACGACUUGGCAGCAAAACUGUACCUCUUCCGCGAGUCGCUGACCGCGGAUACGUUGGAAGAACGCGUCGGCGAAAAGCUGGCCAUCGGCGGACUAGAGGCUUUCGACGACCGGCUAGACUCGAUCAUGACCAUCCUAACCUACUGCGUCGGCCGGUUUUCGCACUCGCGCAGCGUGCUCGAUCUCAAGAAGUACCUGCUGUACCGACAAAACGACCCUCCCGACGUGAUCCUCACCACCUUCCACAAAUCGCGCGGUCUCGAGAUGGACAACGUCGUCAUCCUCAACCAGAUGGACCACAUCAAAAAGUUCGACUCCUCACACCGCCGCACAUUCCGCAACCAAGACACCGAAGAAAACCUGAUGUACAUCGCCUACACCCGCGCCCGCCGCCGGCUCCGCUUCAUGGAAUGGCUACCGGAAGGCCAACACCAGUCCUACGAGUACGUCCGCUCGCGCGACAAGUGCCCGCUCACGGGCCACGUUGUCGAACACCGGAUACGACCCUACGUCACAACGGACCUACUCGAACGUGUGGAGAUGGAACGGGACGCGCAGGAGGCGUUGCGGAGGAACAACACCCCGGGUUUGGGGAUGAGUUCGAGGGAGUUGGAGAUGUUGACGGAGAUGAUCGAGGAGCAUGUCGCGAAAAAGAGGGUGGGGUGUGCGCCGGGGUUGACGGGUUGAUACCUCUCAGCUGAUUUCGGGUGCUUGCGUCUGUGGGACGCUUUUUAUCUUGUAAAUACGGUUUUCGUUCUUUUCUUGCCCUCCGGCGUGUUGAUCCGGCUUACGUAGGCGUUAUCCCGCUCCGCCUCCGUGGCCCUCGUCGCGGCGUUUCUACGUAGUACUUAUACCUUCCCCUUUUCAGGCGUUUUCGCCUUUGUUUUGCUAGCAUGCUGUGCUUGCUUUGUAAAUAGCUUGCUUUUUUCUGAAUAGGAAGACUUUUGUCUUUGAGAUGAAUACGAGGCUUCGUGUCUGUGUCCGCAACCCUUCCAUUUUCGCCAAAUGAGGGCAUA